AUGAAUCCAAAAAUAUUGCAAAAAAGUAAAGGCAGAGGCACAGAUGGCCAUCUUCUUGAAUGUGUCUGGCAAAUGGAAUUUUACUGUGCCUCAAUGCAGAUUUUAUCUGAAGAUACUUAUGGCCUCUGUAGAUGCUGGAGCAUGCUUUGGAUCAAAGCGUUACAUAGACUUUUAUGUAAAUGGCAAGAAAAAAUGGGAGAUAGACAGUUAGAACAUCAACAAGGGUUUGAAGAAGGUGGUAUAUAUGUCCCUAUUCUUAAACAUGCAGAUAAGUGGGCACUUAUUGAUAUUCAUAAUAGUGGAAUGGAUUAUUCAGAGCCAGAACAACAUAAAAAGCAUGAUAUAUAUGUUCUCUGCACUGAAAACUUUGAAUCUGUUCAAUUGAUAUAUCCUGACGGAUCUGAAGAAUCUGUUCAAUUGUUAGGUGAAGAAGAAGAUUUGCUUGGAUAUGAUAUCUCGGACUUUUUAAAUGAUCCAAUGGAAACUGAUUAA